CCUGCGCCUGCGCGCAGGUGUCGGCGCCUAGGGGGAGGGGAACCCGGCGCGCUCGCGUCACGUUCCCUCGUCCACCCUCCCGGCGCGCGGCCAGUCCGCGCCUGCGCAGGAGAGUCGGGAGGCUCGGGUUGCGGGCUCCGGGCGCUAGCUCCUGUCAGUCGGUGGGUCGGUCCUCCCGCCGGCCCUCCCCCUCCGCGUCCUCCGGGGGAGGCGCGGCGGAGUCCGCCCCCGGAAUCCCCCGAUGGGGGAGAAGCAGCGACGGCGGCAGCGGAAUAACCGAGCCGGAGCGUGAGCGGCCCCGGGGCCCGGCUGCCCGCGGAGGCCAUGGGCGACCCAGCCCCCGCCCGCAGCCUGGACGACAUCGACCUGUCCGCCCUGCGGGACCCUGCUGGAAUCUUUGAGCUGGUGGAAGUGGUCGGCAAUGGAACGUAUGGACAGGUGUACAAGGGUCGGCACGUCAAGACCGGGCAGCUGGCUGCUAUCAAGGUCAUGGACGUCACGGAGGACGAGGAGGAGGAGAUCAAACAGGAGAUCAACAUGCUGAAGAAAUACUCUCACCACCGCAACAUUGCCACCUACUACGGGGCCUUCGUAAAGAAGAGCCCGCCCGGGAAUGACGACCAGCUCUGGCUGGUGAUGGAGUUCUGUGGUGCUGGUUCCGUGACAGACCUGGUGAAGAACACGAAAGGGAACGCCCUCAAGGAGGACUGCAUCGCCUACAUCUGCAGGGAGAUUCUCCGGGGUCUGGCCCAUCUCCACGCCCACAAAGUGAUCCAUCGAGACAUCAAGGGGCAGAAUGUGCUGCUGACGGAGAAUGCCGAGGUCAAGCUAGUGGAUUUUGGGGUGAGUGCGCAGCUGGACCGCACUGUGGGCAGACGGAACACUUUCAUCGGGACCCCCUACUGGAUGGCCCCAGAAGUCAUUGCCUGUGACGAGAACCCUGACGCCACUUACGAUUACAGGAGUGACAUUUGGUCUCUAGGAAUCACAGCCAUCGAGAUGGCAGAGGGGGCCCCCCCUCUGUGCGACAUGCAUCCCAUGCGAGCCCUCUUCCUCAUCCCACGGAACCCACCCCCCCGACUCAAGUCCAAGAAAUGGUCUAAGAAGUUCACCGACUUCAUUGACACGUGUCUUAUCAAGACCUACCUGAGCCGCCCGCCCACCGAGCAGCUGCUCAAGUCCCCCUUCAUCCGCGACCAGCCCACGGAGCGGCAGGUCCGGAUCCAGCUCAAGGACCACAUCGACCGCUCCCGGAAGAAGCGAGGCGAGAAAGGUCAGCGGACCAGCAGGGAGGUGGAGGGCCAGCAGGGAGGGCCUCCUCCGCAGCGCAGCUCCUCCCGCCCCUACCCGCCUCCCCUCCAGCGCCUAGGCCUCCCGGUCCGAGGAGACCUUCUCCCCAAACUCCAGCCCUAUAGGCCUUUGUCCUCAUCCACCCCCCAGCCCCCCGGAUCCCAGGCAACCUUCCCAACGGGGACCACCCUGUUACAGGCUGAGAGGCUCCAUGGUGAGCGGGUGCGGCCUCCCCCGCCCCCCCAGGACUAUAUCCGUCACAGGCUGGAGGAAGAGCAGCGACAGCUCGAGAUCCUCCAGCAACAGCUGCUCCAGGAACAGGCCCUGCUGCUGGAGUACAAGCGGAAGCAGCUGGAAGAGCAGCGGCAGUCGGAGCGGCUCCAGAGGCAGCUGCAGCAGGAGCACGCCUACCUCAAGUCCCUCCAGCAGCAGCAGCAGCUGCAGAAGCAGCAGGGCCCGCCCGGGGACCGGAAGCCGCUGUAUCACUACGGCCGCGGCGUCAGUCCCGCCGACAAGCCGGCCUGGGCCCGGGAGGGCGAGGAGAGAACGAGGAUGAGCAAGCCGCAGAACUCCCCUUUGGCCAAGACCAAGCCCAGCAGCACAGGACCUGAGCCCCCGCUCCCCCAGGCCUCCCCCGGGCCCCCGGGGCCCCUUUCCCAAACUCCUCCUAUGCAGAGGCCGGUGGAGCCCCAGGAGGGACCGCACAAGAGCCUGGUGGCGCACCGGGUCCCACUGAAGCCAUAUGCAGCGCCUGUACCCCGAUCCCAGUCCCUGCAGGACCAGCCCACCCGAAACCUGGCUGCCUUCCCAGCCUCCCAGGAGCCUGACCCUGCCGUCACCACGCCCACUGCCACGCCCAGCGCCCGAGGAGCCGUCAUCCGCCAGAAUUCAGAUCCCACCUCUGAAGGGCCUGGCCCCAGCCCGAACCCCCCAGCCUGGGUCCGGCCCGAUCCUGAGGCCCCACCCAAGGUGCCUCAGAGGACCUCCUCCAUCGCCACCGCCCUCAACACCAGUGGGGCCGGAGGGGCCCGGCCCACUCAGGCUGUCCGCGCCAGACCUCGCAGCAACUCCGCCUGGCAAAUCUAUCUGCAAAGGCGGGCAGAGCGGGGCACCCCCAAGCCUCCAGGGCCCCCCGCUCAGCCCCCUGGCCCGCCCAACGCCUGUAGCAACCCCGACCUCAGGAGGAGCGACCCUGGCUGGGAGCGCCCCGAAGGUGCCCUCUCGUCUCACGGGCACCUCCCGCAGGCCGGCUCGCUGGAGCGGAACCGCGUGGGAGUCUCCUCCAAACGGGAGAGCUCCCCCGUGCUGUCCCCCGGGAACAAAGCCAAGCCUGAGGACCACCGUUCGCGGCCAGGCCGGCCCGCAAGCUAUAAGCGCGCCAUCGGUGAGGAUUUCGUGCUGUUGAAAGAGCGAGCCCUGGACGAGGCCCCGCGGCCUCCCAAGAAGGCCAUGGACUACUCGUCCUCCAGCGAGGAGGUGGAAAGCAGCGAGGAGGAGGAGGAGAGCAACGGCGAGCCCUCCGAGGGGAGCAGAGAUACCCCCAGGGCCCGCGACGGAGACACAGACAGCGUCAGCACCAUGGUGGUCCAUGACGUGGAGGACAUAGCCGGCACCCAGACCCCCUAUGGGGGCGGCACCAUGGUGGUCCAGCGCACCCCAGAGGAGGAGCGCAGCCUGCUACACGCGGACAGCAACGGCUACACCAACCUUCCAGACGUCGUCCAGCCCAGCCACUCGCCCACCGAGAGUGGCAAAGGCCAGAGCCCCCCCUCGAAGGAUGGCGGCAGUGACUACCAGUCUCGUGGGCUGGUGAAGGCCCCUGGCAAGAGCUCAUUCACGAUGUUUGUGGACCUGGGGCUCUACCAGCCCGGAGGCGGUGGGGACACCAUCCCCAUCACAGCCCUGGUUGGGGGAGAGGGCGGCCGGCUGGACCAGCUCCAGUACGACGUGCGGAAGGGCUCUGUGGUCAACGUGAACCCCACCAACACCCGCGCCCACAGCGAGACCCCCGAGAUUCGGAAGUACAAGAAGCGGUUCAACUCCGAGAUCCUCUGUGCGGCCCUCUGGGGCGUCAACUUGCUGGUGGGCACAGAGAACGGCCUGAUGCUGCUGGACCGAAGCGGGCAGGGCAAAGUGUACGGGCUCAUCGGGCGGCGGCGCUUCCAGCAGAUGGACGUGCUGGAAGGGCUCAACCUGCUUAUCACCAUCUCAGGGAAAAGGAACAAAUUGCGGGUGUAUUACCUGUCUUGGCUCCGGAACAAGAUUCUGCACAAUGACCCGGAAGUGGAGAAGAAGCAGGGCUGGACCACCGUGGGGGACAUGGAGGGCUGCGGGCACUACCGCGUGGUGAAAUACGAGCGCAUUAAGUUCCUGGUCAUCGCCCUGAAGAGCUCCGUGGAGGUGUACGCCUGGGCCCCCAAGCCCUACCACAAGUUCAUGGCCUUCAAGUCCUUCGCCGACCUCCCUCACCGCCCUCUGCUGGUCGACCUGACCGUGGAGGGGGGUCAGCGGCUCAAGGUCAUCUACGGCUCCAGCGCCGGCUUCCACGCCGUGGACGUGGACUCGGGGAACAGCUAUGACAUCUACAUCCCCGUGCACAUCCAGAGCCAGAUCACGCCCCACGCCAUCAUCUUCCUCCCCAACACCGACGGCAUGGAGAUGCUGCUUUGCUACGAGGACGAGGGCGUCUACGUCAACACGUACGGGCGGAUCAUCAAGGAUGUGGUGCUGCAGUGGGGCGAGAUGCCCACCUCUGUGGCCUACAUCUGCUCCAACCAGAUCAUGGGCUGGGGCGAGAAAGCCAUUGAGAUCCGCUCGGUGGAGACAGGCCACCUGGACGGCGUCUUCAUGCACAAACGGGCCCAGAGGCUCAAGUUCCUGUGCGAGCGGAACGACAAGGUGUUUUUUGCCUCGGUCCGCUCUGGGGGUAGCAGUCAAGUGUACUUCAUGACGCUGAACCGUAACUGCAUCAUGAACUGGUGAUGGGACAGCCGCCCCCACAGCCAGACCCCCCCAGGCCGCCCUUUUCUCCCCUCCCUGGGCUUUUGCUUUUGACUGGUUUGAUUCACUGGAGCCUGCUGGGAACGUGACCUCUGACCCCGAUGCUUUUGUGAUCACGUGAUCAUCCUGUUUCCCCCACCCCCAAAACGUUCUCUCCCCAAAACUGUGCCUGUCCCAAUUCCAGGGAGAGGCACAGCGUCCCCUUACCAGGAAUCAAGAGGGCCGAGCCCCACCCCUCUUUUCUCCACUUCAGAGGAGAGUGCUUGGGGCAUGGACCCCGUACCCCACUGCUGCUGACCAGGCAGGGCCCUGGGCCCCUUCAUUUGCACGUCAGGGGAGCCGGCUCCCCCCUUGAAUGUACCAGACCCCGGGGGGGGUCACUGGGCCCUAGGUUUCAGGGGGGUCGCCCGCCACUCCAGGGGCAGGGACCAUUUCCUCAUUUUCUGAAAGCACUUUAAUGAUUCCCCUCCCCCCAAACCCCAGGGAAUGGAGGGGGGACCCCGCCAGCCAAAACAUUUCUCCCUUUCCAACCCCAGUUCUUUCUAGCCUCUGUCCUUCCCUGGUGGAGGGAGGGAGCAGGGAGCUCCCGGUCCCCACCUCCUGCACCCCCUUGCUUGCCUCUGUAUAUAGUGUGAGCAGCAAGUAGCCCCACUCCUCCUCAAUGUAGUGGCCUUGGAGAUUCCGUUUGUUAAUAAAGAGUUCAACCAGC